AUUGAUGUGUACAUACAUGUAAAUAAAAUUUUAUCGAUCGGACAAUAUUUAAAUUUGAUGCAUAUUUAUCGUCCACUUUUUGAAAUUUGGAGCACAGCAAAAUGGAAGACGAAUUGCCAAGUCAAUUUGAUUUAAUAGUUAUUGGAACCGGUUUUUCUGAAUCAAUAAUCGCAGCAGCAGCAAGCCGUAUUGGAAAAACAGUACUUCAUUUGGAUCCAAACGAAUUUUACGGUGGCACGUGGGCUUCAUUUAAUUUGGAAUCUUUCCAAGAUUUUAUAGCACGAGUUAAUCAAAAAGACCAAAAUAAAACAUUUCAAAAUGCAUGUGGAAUAACAUCAGGCGAACAAGAGUGGUUUAUAGAAGAAAAUUCUGAAGAAUCGGAAAAUGACAAUUGGACUAAAGAAAGAAUUGUAAAAGAAUUUCGAAAAUUUAAUAUUGACUUGACACCAAAAUUGUUAUUUAGUUCUGGAAAAUUAGUUGAGCUCUUAAUUAGCUCCAAUAUUAGUCGAUAUGCAGAAUUCCGUGCAAUUGAUAAUGUUUGUACUAUCUUUGAGGGUCAAAUUCGUAGUGUUCCCUGCUCUCGUACUGAUGUAUUUAACUCAAAAGAUUUAACCAUUAUUGAAAAACGUUUACUUAUGAAGCUUUUAUCUCAAUGUAUGACUUAUGAAGAACAUCCGGAGGAAUUUUCUAAAUAUGAGGGAAUGACGUUCCUAGAGUUUCUUCAUGAAAACCGUCUCACAGAUAAAAUUAUACAUUGUGUUUUGCAUUCCAUUAGUAUGUGCAGUGAUAAUACCGGUUUUAAAGAAGGAAUGGAGAGGAUUCGAAAGUUUUUGCACGGACUUGGGCGUUAUGGAAACACGCCUUUCUUAUUUCCUAUGUAUGGAUGUGGAGAAAUACCUCAAUGCUUUUGCAGACUUUGUGCGGUCUUUGGUGGAAUAUACUGCUUAAAGAAACAAAUAGAUAAAAUUAAAAUUGAAGAGAAAUAUGCAGACGAAAAAAUUGAAUACGAAAUCCAUUUAGAGAGCGACAAUCAUAUAAUUCGAAGCAAAAAUUUGGUUAUUGGAAAUGGAGACAUUGGAACGUGUCUGCCGCAAAAUUUCCAAAAUACUUUAGAAGAUAGAAAAAAAUGUGGUAAUUUAGCAAGAGCCAUAUUUAUUACAUCUUCGCCAUUUGGAAACGAGACAAUUAAUUCUGGUGGGGGGGGUGUAAAUUUUUUAAGAAUUCCCGAUAACAUAAACAGUGUUUCAAUUAUUCAGUUGUCACAUUAUUCUGGUACUUGCCCAAAAGGAUUGUAUUUGACACAUAUCACAUCCCCUUCUGCGACUGGUAAUGCAAAAAAGGAUUUGAAGCAAUACAUUGAACAAAUAUUUGAUCUAGAGAAUCCACCAAAAUUGCUUUAUUCAGCAUAUUUUAUUAUUUCUGAAUGCAGAGCAUGUUAUCAUAAUAUGAAAAAUAAUUUAAUACAUUUUGCUUGUGGGCCUUAUGCAGAAUUGGAUUACGAUUUAUCCAUUGAAAAUGCUAAGAACAUAUUUGAUCAAAUUUAUCCAAACAGUGAAUUUUUACCUCGGGCCCCAGAUCCUGAAGAAAUAGUGAUGGGGGAUGAAGAUCCUACAGCACCAUCUUCAGUUUUUAUUGCUAGUGAAAAGAUAAUAACUGAAGACAUUAAAGAUAAAAUUAAAGAACUGGAAGAAGGUAUUGAAAAUGAAUUACGCAUUAUGGAAAAAAGUUUGUCUAACGAUCCUAACGAAAAAUAAUAUCCAAAAACACAAAAAUGGUACUCAAAUGGUACUGUGGCUUUAAUUUAAUAUAAAUAUUUUAACUUAUUUUAUAGCCUUAUCUUAAUUAAUGACUUUUAUUACACUUUCUUAUGAAACAGAAAAAUAAUAUUUCAAGUUGAUAUAUAAAAUCUAACAAGCAUUUUGUUGAUUA